GAGAUAGAAUGGAGGUUAAAUGAAAAGCACAUUGCUGUAAUUAGUGGUGGCUCCAUCACUACUAAUGGGGCAUUCAGAGACGGAAUGCAGCUGGACAAACAGACUGGAGAUCUCAAGAUCACAAACAUCAGAACCACAGACUUUGGAGAAUAUGAACUAAAGAUCAAAACCACCAGAGGGUCCUCAGUGCAGACAUUCAGUGUCAAGGUUGAGACUGAUCCUAGAUCUGAUGGAGUGACGGUGGUGUCAGUGACUGAGGGAGAUUCUGUUAUUCUACACCCUGAUACUGAAAUACUGAAAGAUGAUGAGAUACUGUGGAGGUUUAGAGAGAAAUAUGAUAUUGCUAAAAUCAAAAAAGAUGAAGACAUCAUCUCCACAUUUGAUGAUAUUGCUGAUGGGAUAUUCAGACACAGACUGCAUCUGAAUCAUCAGACUGGAAAUCUCAUUAUCAGUGACAUCACAUCCAAAACCUCUGGACUUUAUGAAGUUGAUAUCAAGAGGAGAAAACACAUCAUACAAAAGUCAUUCAAUGUGACUAUUACCGACAAACAGGACAUACUGUCAGUGAACGAGGGAGUUGAUGUCACUCUAGGAUCUGGUGUUACUGAACUACACAGAGAUGAUCGGGUACAAUGGAGAUUUGAGCAUGAAGUUGUAGCAAAAGUCAAUAAAACGGCUGGAAUCGUCAUCACAUUUGAUGAUGUUCUUGAUGGGAGAUUCAGAGGCAGACUGCAGCUGGAUAAUCAAACUGGAUCUCUGAUCAUCACACACACCAGAACCACAGACUCUGGACUCUAUUACCUUGAUAUCACCAGCGACAGACACGUCAUACUCAGGAAAUUCGUUCUUUCUGUCUGUGAUUCAUGUCGGUUUCCAGAUUAUGUAACAUUGAUAUGUCCUGCUUUUGGUGUUGCUGUUGGUAUUCUGCUGGUGGCUUGUGGUGUGAGUCACUGUCGCCGCAGGAGGUUUAAACAAGUUCCUCGCAGAGUCAUAAAAAGAAGCAGCAUAUAGAUGGAUCCAUUACAAGGAUGAGUUCUGUUCUUACAGGUGAAAUAUGGAGGUCACAUGAUCUGACAGGAUCCCUCGAGAUCAGAGUUAACACAGUAUUUCCAAUUUUAAUUAAAUAAAAUUGUUGGUUUGGUUGUUGGUUUGUAAUAUUAUGAUCUAAGAGUCAUGAAAUGUUGUGUGAAGAAAGUUACUGCAGAGAUACUGAUAUAUCCUCAGCUUAUAAACCAAAGUACAUUUAGCAGCACGCACUUUUAUUCAGAGAAGUUGUUAUAGUAAGUGCCUUUGGUGUUUAUUUUGAUUAAAAUUACGAGGGUGAAUGAAUUAAAAAAAUAUGCACAUGGAUAAAUCAUUGCAAUCACUGCAAUAUUCUAAAAAAAAAAAUCCUAAAUGUCCAUUUUGAUUUCAUGGUGACAAAAGUAAAAAAAAAAAAAAAUACUUUUUUACUGGAAUAUUGUAAAACUUGUAUUGCAGGUUCCACAAAAAAGGCUAUAGUCUAGUCCAAGGCGGCUAACGUGUGUUUGACAUGUUUUAACUUGCACUAACAAAUCAAAAAUUUAAAUAUAUACGUGCCAUUGUUUUAUCUCAAGAUUCACAUCAGUAAUGUUUUCUCUUAGGAAUAUUUAUGUCAUAAAGCUCAGUCAAGAGCGAUCAUGAAUCUUUGAUGUUAUGAGAUCAUGCUGUUAGAGACAUGUAUGUAUUUAAUGCACAAAAAUAUAUUUAUUUCCCAAAUUCCUGGAAAAGAACUACACUUCCCAUAAUCCUGAAGAAAAGGGUGGGAAAGCAGAAUCAUGGCAAAUGUUGUUUUCAAUUCCUAAAAAAAAAAGUAUGUCUUUGCCUUUUUUCCUAAUUUGCAUAAAGUUUUUGCUUCGAAACAAAGUUUGUAUUCAGUUAUAGUGUGAUUAUGACUUACCCAUUGUUUUGAAUCAUGUUCUGUAUCGUUUUUAAAUUGUUUAACUCUUUUAACAGAUAACUGUUUUAAUUCCCCUUGCUUUUAUUUUGUGAUUGAAAGCAUUUUGAAUUGCCAUAGAGUAUGAAAUGUUCUAUAUAAAUACACUUGCCUUGCCUAAAUGCAAUUUUUUUUUUUUUUUAAU